AGAGGCGGAGGGGCCGGGAGGAGAAGGGGCCUGGGGGUGGCCCAGCAGGGGAGGGAAGAGUCUCAGCAGCAACGCCCCCGGCCCUCCCCUUGCCACCGGGCGACUGGGCCCCGACGGGCAACGCAGGGAAGCCCCGCAGAGGCUACCAAGUUUCUCCCCCUCGGACCAAGGCCCUAGUCUGCUGGAACUUGACCAUUGACCCCAGCUCGACCCCGCUACCUGCCGGACCACUCACCUGGGCUGGGGAGAAGAGGAGGGCGGGUAGAUUAGCGCUAAAUCCCCCACCUUCUGCUCUGCCAGGGAGACACCGACUAGAAUCACCAGCCCCGGUGUGCCCGGCUGCAGGAGGCACCUCCUGGGGUGAGCUCAUGGGUCCCCAGCAGUUCUAGCUAUAGGGGCCGAGUCGCCUCCCCAAGGGGGUGCCCAGCAAGAAGGACCGAGGAGCCAAGAGGGGCCACACUCCAAAGUGGAGGAUCUGAGGCCAGAGGCGAGGCCGGACAUCCCCCAGGACGCAGGCUGGCAUGGACGUGUGGCGGCCCUGAGUGGCCCCAGAGGCGGGCACGGAGCUAGAGGCCCCCGCCCUGAGCCAGGCCCCGCCAUGAGCUUGGGGAAGCUGCCCAUGCUGGGCUGGGUGUCAGGGUCCCAUGGCAAGCGGAAGCCCCGGGCGGAGUUGACCUCGGACAUGAUCAGCCCACCGUUGGGGGACUUCCGCCACACCAUGCACGUGGGCCGGGGGGGCGACGUCUUCGGGGACACCUCCUUCCUCAGCAACCACGGGGGCGGGGGCGGGAGUGCAGGCCCGGGCGGACGCUCCCCCAGGAGCUUCCUGGCUCGGACGCUGCGGCACGUGAGGCGGGGGGGCGCCGCGCCACGGGGGGGCCUGGUCUCCGCCACCUCCUCUCCGGCUCCGCCUUCCGUCUCCCCCAUCAUCAAGAACGCCAUCUCGCUGCCCCAGCUCCAUGAAAGUGCUUACGACGGUGUCAUCGGGAAGCUGAGCUUCGGGAGUCCUCACGGUGGCAGCCCCCACCAGGAGCACCUUGGCUACGGCCAGGAUUCCCGGUUCCCUACCAUCUCCAGCUUCCCCCGAUCGGAAAAGCCCCUGGACAGAGACGGCUCCUUCCCCUCAGAGCCCGUGCUCCGCCGGUCCGACUCGCUGCUCUCCUUCCGCCUUGACCUCGGCCCCUCUCUCCUCAGCGAGCUCCUCGGCACCAUCAGCUUCUCCGAGUCGCCCAAGGCCGGGGAGAUGGUCCAGCUCCCCAACCCCAGCAGCCCCCCGGGGACCCCCCGGGCCCCAGGUGCCCCGGUGCAGGGGCACUGCCCCAAUGGAGACUCGGCAGGAACGGGCUCCCUAGGUGGGGAUGAGGCAGGACCCCCCCCACAGAGGGAGGGCGAGAGCGGGGCCCUGGACCCCGGGAGCAGGGGCCAGAGGGCCGAGGGCUGGGCCCCGGGCCGCCACUACAGCGAGAUGGGUGCCCGGCGGGAGCUGGUCGAAGUGUUGCCCCAGGGCCGGGGUUCCUGGGAGAGUCAGGACGAGGGGCCAUGGGGCCCCGGCUGCCAGACUGGGCCUCGGCCCAUCCGGGACCUGGAGCAGGAGGAAGAGGAGGAGGAGGAGGAGGAGGAGGAGGAGGUGGAGGAGGUGGAGGAGACGCGGGCCAGAUUCUCCGUCCCCGCCACCGUACAAGCAGACUCCUUCGAGUUUGCAGGCGAGGAGGAAGAGGAGGAGGAGGAGGUGAAGGUGUGAGCCAGCCAAUGUGGGGAGGGGGUGCAGGCUGGACCUACCAGGGAGGACCUAUCCCCUGGAGCAGAGGGUCUCAGUGAAGGGUGGGCCGUCCCUGGCUCCCUGCCCCUCCACUUCCUCCUACCCCCAGAAGAGAGAAGCUGGUCCUCUGCCCCUCUACCUGAGGGAGGCAGUAAUGGAGGGGAGGGGGGUCUCUCAUGAGGCUUGGAGAGAUUUCCCUCCGGGGAUGGGACUCUGAAGCUGGGAGUCAGAGAGAGGAGUCCGGUUGUUUUUUCCCUGGCCUGCUGCUCCCCAGCCCUCGCUCCGCCCGGAGAUCUGCCCCAUGGGGUUUCCCCAGUCCACCGUUUCCCGCAGAGGGAAACUCCUUUCCCACCUUCCCCAGGCCGAAGGGGGCCCAAGCCAGAGAAGGCCCUCAAGGAACUCAUCUCCUGUGGCUUACAGGUGGGAGGGACCAAGCUGGGCGCAAGGGGAAGAGAAGUCUCUAGGCCGACCUGGGCCAGUGCGGUGAUCUGAACCCAGGCCCUGGGCCAGAACUCCGCCCUCUCCAUCUCCAGGGCCUGGGUCCACGGAUGACUGUGAGGCCUUUGUGCCGGGGCCGCUGGACUGGGGAAGGGGGAGGGGCUGGCAUUGUCUCCCCCACGGGGCAGUUGAGAGUUUGAGAAGGGAACACCCCUUCCCCCCAAAGCAAAGAACUGCUCCCCGGGGGCAGGAAAAGCAGCAUCCCCCCAACCCCAGCUCUGCCCCCCGGGCCCCGGUUCAGUCUUCCUCGAAGCCGGAGAGAAGCCAGACAGCCCCUGGUCAGAGUCCUCCCCGGCAUCCCUGGCCCUCUCUCUGGACAGCUCCCCGCGCUCCAGACCAAAGGUCAAACCUGACCUCAGCUGGGAGGCAUGAACGCCCCCACUCCCAAGAUCCCGGGCGGAGGCCUGAUUAAAAAGGGAUU